CCGCCGCCACUAACAGAAAAUGGGUUGCCUUGGUAAUUUCAAGAACCUCACAUUUACGAUUAUGGUUGUGCUUCUUGUUUUAUGGUUUUCCGACAUGGAAACAUGCAAUGCAAGAAAAACAGGAGGCAGACAUUACAGACAAAGUAGCAGAAGCGUGGGGGUUUCCCUGUCCAAGAAUACAGGGAGAAAUCACCACCACAGCAACGGCGGCGGCAAGUCAAAACAGAAAGCUCCAUCUCCAAAAUCGCCGCCGCCCCCCGCCGCCGGACCUGUAGAAACUCCGCCGCCGACGAAUAUUCCGCCGCCUGACAAAAGCGAAGAGAAUGCACCUGAUCCCACUGUCUUUGAUGUCCUCGAUUUUGGUGCCCGAGGUGAUGGAACCACAGAUGACACUCAGGCAUUCCGAGCUGCGUGGGCAGCUGCGUGCAAAAUCGAAGCCUCGAUCGUCAAUGUACCGGCAGAAUACGUAUUCCUUGUCGGACCCAUUUCGUUUUCUGGUCCUUACUGUCAAUACAACAUUGUUUUCCAGUUAGAUGGUACAAUUGUUGCCCCGACAAGCCCGAGCCAAUGGGGCUCGGGGAUUCUGCAAUGGCUCGAAUUCACAAAGCUAGUUGGCCUUACAAUUAAGGGAAGUGGCACAAUUGACGGAAACGGAGCCGCUUGGUGGCAAAGUUCGAAUGACGAUAACGACCCUCUCGAUGACCAAUCGAAACUCAUUGUUCCGUUAAAUGACACAACAGAACAAAACCCUCGAAUUCACGAAGACAGCUGGCUUGGUUCGAAAUUGCCAAGCAUAAAACCAACUAAGAAGGAGGAAGCUGGAAGGAGGAGAGAAGAGAGCUGA